GCAGGAAGUAGCUCCGCGGCUUCUCUUCCCAGCGCUGUGCUGCUCGGCGUGCCUAGGCUCCACCUUCGUAGGCUGCUGAUUGAGUGGACGCUGCCUCAGUCGCGGGAGAAGCCGGGGCUCAUUGGCUUGGCGGAGCUGGGCUGCUGUGGUGCACCGCCCGCCUGGGAUCCUGGUAGGGCUUGGUUGAAAUACACAGCAGUUAGGGGGGAACCGGACGGCUAGUGGUUCUCUGUGUCUGGGGAGGAAGUGAGACAAUGUUACCUUUGUAAAAAAUAUCUUUGGAAUCUCUGACGUCCAUAUGGCUAUGUAUGAUGAAGAUCUCUUGAAAAAUCCUUUUUAUUUGGCUAUUCAGAAACAUCGUCCUGACCUUUGCAGGAAAGUUGCAGAAUACCAUGGUAUUAUAUUAGUACCGUGCAAAGGGAGCUUUUCAAGCAGCAGUCUCUCUACCUGCCAAUUUGAUUCCUAUGUUUUAAAACCAGUGGAAGAAAAAUUUCAGACCUUAAAUGGAAAGGAAAUCUUUAUCCAGGGAAACUUGAUUAUUUUAGGAACUGGUUUUAAUCAUCAUCUCUCAGUACCUGUUCUCUUUGAGGAAACAUUCUACAAUGAAAAAGAAGAAAGUUUUAGCUUAUUGUGUAUAGCUCAUCCCCUGGAAGAAUCUGAAAUCUUAGAAGAAUUUAAAACCCCAUCAAAAUCUUAUUCCCUGAAAAAUAUUGAGGAUGUGAGAGAGUUUUUGGGAAGACACUCUGAAAGAUUUGACAAACACAUUGCAUCUUUCCAUAGGACUUUUAAAGACCAUGAAAGAAAAAGCCUACGACAUUACAUAGAUUCUGUUAAUGCACUUUACACCAAAUGCCUCCAGCAUUUAUUGAGGGAUUCUCACUUGAGGAUGCUUGCAAAGCAGGAAUCUCAGAUGAAUCUGAUGAAACAAGCAGUUGAAAUGUAUGUACAUCAUGAUGUUUAUGAUCUGAUCUUUAAAUAUGUGGGAACUAUUGAGGCAAGUGAGGAUGCAGCCUUUAACAAAAUUACAAGAAGCCUCCAAGAUCUCCAGCAAAAAGAUAUUGGAGUUAAGCCUGAAUUCAGCUUUAAUAUUCCACGUGCAAAGCGAGAAUUGGGUCAGCUGAAUAAAUGCACCUCCCCACAACAGAAGCUGAUCUGUCUUCGAAAAGUGGUGCAAAUUAUUAUGCAGUCUCCUAGCCAAAGAGUUAACAUGGAGACCAUGUGUGCAGAUGAUCUUCUCUCUGUGUUACUGUAUCUGCUUGUAAAAACAGAGAUUCCUAACUGGAUGGCAAAUUUGAGUUACAUCAAAAACUUCAGGUUUUGCAGUUCAGCAAAGGAUGAACUGGGAUACUGCCUGACCUCUGUUGAGGCUGCUAUAGAAUAUAUCCGACAAGGAAACCUCUCUGACAGACCAACAGAAUCUGAGAGGUUUAGUGACAAGUUCUUGAGACAAAGAAUGAACUUGCUGUCCCAGAUGUCCACAACCCCAAUAGAUUGCUUGUUCAAGUAUAUUGCUUCAGGUAACCAGGAGGAAGUGGAACGAUUACUAAGUCAAGGUGACAGUGAUAAAGACACUGUACAGAAAAUGUGUCACCCACUCUGUUUCUGUGACAAUUGUGAGAAACUGGUUUCUGGGAAAAUGAAUGAUCCUUCCAUUGUCACUCCGUUUUCCAGAGAUGACAGGGGAUACACACCACUUCAUAUAGCUGCUAUUUGUGGGCAAGCGUCAUUAAUUGACCUGUUAGUUUCCAAAGGAGCUGUAGUCAGUGCUACAGAUUACCACGGUUCAACACCUCUUCACCUUGCCUGUCAGAAAGGAUAUCAGAACGUUACACUUCUCUUAUUGCACUAUAAGGCAAGUACAGAUGUUCAAGACAAUAAUGGCAAUACUCCACUUCAUUUAGCCUGCACUUACGGUCAUGAGGAUUGUGUCAAAGCUUUAGUCUAUUAUGAUGUACACUCUUGUAGACUAGAUACUGGUAACGAAAAAGGAGAUACUCCCCUCCAUAUAGCUGCUCGUUGGGGCUAUCAAGGAAUAAUAGAAGUGCUGCUGCAGAAUGGAGCCAACCCAGAUAUUCAAAACCGUAUGAAAGAGACUUCCCUGCAGUGUGCAUUAAAUUCCAAGAUUUUAUCAUUGAUGGAAUUAAACUACAUAACGUUUGAAAGGGGACAGAGUGCUUCUGAGUCUCCAGUUAGGUCUCCUCAGCAUUCAGCAGACACCUUCAGCAGAGGAUCAUCUGUCUCCAGCUUGUCAUCAGCGUCAGCAGAUACCAGACAAGAAGAAGUUAAAAAUAAUUACAAAGAGAUAGAAAAACUCUUACGAGCAGUUGCUGAUGGAGAUCUGGAAAUGGUUCGCUAUCUUUUGGAAUGGAUGGAGGAAGAUGUAGAAGAAGCAGACGAAGCUGACGAUACAGUGAAGCCAGAGCUCUGUCACCCAUUAUGCCAGUGCUCAAAAUGUGAGCCAAUACAAAAGAAGCUUGCAAGAAUCCCUGCUAAUGGACUUGGAAUAAAUGUUACAAACCAGGAUGGCUUUACACCACUACAUGUGGCUGCACUGCAUGGGCACCCUGAGUUAGUUUACCUUUUGUUGAAACACGGUGCCAAUAUCAGUGCAAAGAAUAUGAACCAUGCUGUACCUCUUCAUCUGGCUUGUCAGAAAGGUCACUUUCAGGGACUCCCUCCCGAAUCCAAAACGGUGAUGGGACUUGCAGGACACUGCAGCAUCCAGCAGUUUUUCCAACAAGCCUGUCAUGCUUUUCAGGUAGUAAAGUGUCUAGUGGAUUGCAAUGCUAAACAAAAUAAAAAGGAUGUACAUGGAAAUACUCCCUUAAUUUAUGCUUGCUUGAAUGGCCAACAUGAGAUUGCUGCCUUGUUGUUAGAGCAUGGGGCCUCUGUUAACCUUUCUAACAGCAAGGGAAAUACAGCACUGCAUGAGGCUGUGAUAGGAAAACAUGAAGCCUUGGUAGAGCUGUUACUUCAGAAUGGUGCUUCGAACCACAUUAGGAACAAAAGGCAGUGUACACCUCUUGACUGUGCUGAGCUGAAUUCAAAUAUCAUGAAGUUGCUACAAACAGCACCAAGCUAUGCACCAACAUCAGCGGAGGGAGGAGAAACAGACUAUGAGCAGCAUGUUACUAUCAAGAUCAGGAAAAAAGUAAAUGUUAAGUUACCUGAGACAGCAGAUGAUCCCAUCAGCAGACGACUUCAACUGGUCCAAUCAAUCAACAGAUUUAACAAAUCAAAAUAUUUACGGAGAACAAUAACAAGAGAUAAAAGUGUCCCUAAUUUUGAUGACGAAUUAUUGCAUCAGUUAGCUAUUAAGAGCUUUGAUAAGACCAAGUUAAAGCCUAUUGACCAGAUGUUGGACCAGAGUAAAGUUAAGAUUAUUGAUGCAGAAAGCAAUGGUGAACCUGUGAAACAGGAUGAUGUGAUAGAUGCUCCUCUUAGAAGUACACUAAUGCACCGAAGACAUACAGUUAGUGUGGCACUUUCAGCAGAGAAUGUCAGUGAUGACAGUGAUUUAUCCAACACAAGAGAUCCAAGUAUUUCACUGUCAAAAGACUGUUCUGGUGACUUGCUAUCAAAACACUAACAAGGAAGUGUGAAUUUGCUGCCAAAAACUAAAGAACCAGGUGGUGCCAGUUUCAAGAUCCUCCUGCUGGGCAUUAAAGAAUUAAAUGAAGCUUAGAAACUGCUCUCAAAAAUGGAUCAUAAAGAUGAAUCUUUAGCAAAGGCAGAAUGUUCCCGUAUGGCUUGCACUUUUGAAGACUGAAUCCUCUGUUUAUCGUGGAAACCCCUCCCCAGCCAAUUUGUGACUGAUUUCAGGAAACUGAAACAUAUUGAAAUGUCAAAGUAUUUAGACAGAAAGAAGUGAUUGUUUCCCAUUCCACUGUCAAAGCACUUAUUAAGAAAUUACUUAUAACAGUAGAGGAGAGAGGCUAUAUGGGUACUUUCUAGCUACCCACUCCUGUUUUUUAAAAGGCAUUGAAUUGUUUUUUUCUUUUCAGUUUUUGUCACUAAAUUGGUUAUAUUUAUUGCCAGAAGGAAUUCAAAAGUCUCUAUUUUUAUUAUAAUGCUAUGAACCACUAUAGUGUUUAUUUAAUAGCAUUUUAGAAAUUAAUGUAAUUUCUGUAUGUUGCAACUGGCUGCGCAAACAGUCCAUAAAAAUUUACAGUAUGAUGUAAAAACCUUUAAAUGAGAUGAACAUGAACAGUAGUAUCCUGCACUCCCUAUAUAGACAAAGCGCCCACUGAUUUCAGUGGAACAUUUACCUGCAUAGGGUCUGUAGGAUCAUGUACUACUGGGAAUGAAAUAAAGUAAAAUGCUCUUGACACAGAACAGCUUUGGACUGAAGAAUGUUCAGAUCCCAAUUAAAAUAUUCAUGUUUGUGUAGAAACAAACAUGCUUAACACACACAGUUGGCUUUUCUCCCUGAACAAAUAAGACAAAGCCACACACAUUCACACUUCUGCACGAAGCCUACAGCUACUAGGUAAGUGAUCUGGCAGGAAAAGUAAGAGUUUGCAGAAACUGGCUGCAUGUUAUCCUGUUUUAAAAGGUGAUAUUUUAAAGGAUGCUCAUAGAUAACUAGAUGGAAGCUUAGAUGUGGAACUUGUUUCUUAACAUAUUUUCAGUUUAAAUUUUCUUUUAAAAAAGUGUGAAUUAAAAAGAGACUGCAAUAGCACAAUUCAGAUUCUUAAUGAUAGUUUUGGUUUACAGGUGGUCACAUCCAAUUAACUUUUUUUUUUUUUAUAAAAUAGUAAUAUAGACCAUUUUGAUUUUUUAUGGUGGUAUUGAUACCAUGCUUAGGGCACUGUGAAAUUGGAGGACUUCCCAUGUGACUGUUUUCAAAUAGACUUUUAAUGAGAGAAGUAAAAGGUGCAGCCUGUGCACCCCACUGAAAAAACUCUAAGAUGAAGGUUGCAUGUAUAUUUUUCUAAAUAAUUUGGGUUCAUUUAAUUUUCUAACUUGCCUUGGAUUUGUGCCAAAUGUUGGAAAAGAAAAAUAGUAAAAGUAAUGAUUCUUGAAAA